AUGGAGAUAAGUGUCUCUGACCGUCGUCCGACGCUGUGUCGCCAUGGGACGGAGGCUCGUCCUGUCCCUGCCGAAAGGCUUUUUUUUUCGACUUCCAAAAGCAAGUUGCAAGCCUCGCGAGUCUUGCCCUCCGCUGCUUCGCCGCGGCGGGCGCGACGAGCCCCCUCCCUGUCCCUCUUGCUGAUUCCCUGCGGCCUCUUCCUGUGCCUUGCUUCGGCUGGAGCGAAUGACGUGUUGGGGCAGCGGAUGUCCUCGGAAAUUGAAAUUCCCCCUGCGUCGGAGUUAUGCGCCUUAAAAGGCAUCGACCUCAGCACUGGGGUCCUCACCAGCUUCAGCCAAGAUACACUCGAGUACGAGGUUGAGUUCGAAACGCAGCAGGCGGAACUGAUAGUUGUUCCGCGAUUCGAGUGCUCGGAAGGCAUUGCCACGCACCUGUUUCCAGCCGUCUCGGUCAACAGCCACGCGGCUGACCCUCGCGGUGCCCUCGGGGUCACUCUACCCGUCCCUGCUGCGCGGAGGUUUGACGUUCGCGUGCAGAUUCGAAACCCGAGCUUCUCUCCAACCCUAGUUGAAUACGUUAUCCACGUUGACCAGGCGAGCGCAGUUAAGGAGCCGACCCUUAGGUCGUUCGCCGCGCGCGACAGUCAGGGCAACCUCCUCCCCGUAACCCCGCUGUUCAGCGAUUCGAAUGAGGCCUUUGUGUUGGCGGCGAGAGCCGAUGACGCCUACGUUCGACUAGAGGCCACGUGUGACCCCGACAGCGCCCUGUACGUAAACGGCCAGCGCGUCGUCCUCAGCUCCGCCGUCACAAUUUCGCGCGAUGAACAGCAGCCGAGUUCGUUGACUACUGUCCAGUGCCGUCACGCCUCAGUACACGAAGCUGCGGCGCAGCAGCGCUCGUUUUUCUUCGAGACGCUGUGGACGCGCACGAACCUCGUUCCACCUAGCAAGCUCAUCGUCCAUAGCAACGGCAAGGCGUGCCAGGUUAUUCUUGAAGAAGACUCGCGCAUUCUCUGUGAAAACAGCAGCGGCUUGACCUCGCUCUUCGCGAUUUUCCCGCCAUCGAUGUAUUACAAAGUCACAAGCGCAGCCGAUCAGGCCUUCGUCGUUCCGCUGGUCAACGGCGGGUGGACGCCGCGUUUUCCCCUCCGCAUAGACCUUCAAAUCGUCGCGCGGGCAGGCGCGCAAGAAAAAACAUGGAAGCUGGACUUUGCUAAUGUGUUCGUGCCCUCGCACGGGCCCUCUCUGAUGAGCGGAGUGCGCGAGUUCAGCGCUGUCUGCCUUCUCCUGUCGCUGCUUUUUAUUGCUGGCCUUCUCUUUCUCGCCCUCUUGACAGGGCAAGGCGGAGCUGCGAAAUUCUCCGAGGUGCCGCUCACAGCGCUCACCUUCUUCCAGGCGUCGUUCUUCCUUCACCUGCUGCAGGAAGGCCCACAGUCGCUUCAGUCGAGUGCGACGCUCCUCCGGUGGACUGCCCUCUUCCUGCCGCUCCCCUACACGGCGGAAACGAACGUCGAGCUGGCGGCAGGUUGCUUGAUCGCCUCUGCAGCUCUGCUUGUGCUGGCGUCGCUUCUGCGGGCCUUCUUCGCGGCCGCGGUGCUGCAGCGGGAGGCGGAAGCUCUUCCGCACAGCCUGAAGUUCGGGAACGCUGAGUCUCGCCUUCUCCAUGCCGUCGCGUGCCCGGUCGCGGCGGCAGCGGCUAUGCUGGUCGCGGAGCCCGACUCGCCGAUGCUUUUGCGGUUCAUGGGGGUACUCGCGCUCGCUUUCCUGACGACCUACUGGCUGGCCGUUUUCACUUUCGUGCGGGGGCUUGUCGCCUCGGGGCGCGUCACGUGGGUCUGGAGCUACCCGUUUCUCGACGGCUCAGACGACAGCGCCGGCGCCUGGUGCGACACGCGCAGCGACCAGAUUCUCACCGAACCCGUCAACUGGACUGUCUGGGUACAGGCCCCCACAGGCACGUGGGCGGCGCCCGCCGCUCAGAUCGAGCCCGUGACUGUCUGCAGCGGCGCCAAGUCCCUCCACGCGGGACUUCAGAAGCACAUGGGAGGCGUUUGGUACCUCCGCAGCGACGGGCCAACUGGGACUGCAGCCGUGGAUGUCCAGGUGCUGCAGCCGAAAGCAGGUCCCGCGCUGCUGCCCUGCAUGCACGAGUUGCCGGUUGGGAUUGCGCGCUCAGAGUGGCUGGACUGCUUGUUCACAGUCGAGAAUCUCACGAGGUUCAUCCGCCACCUCCGGCGGUGCGAACGCGAAGAAGCGGCCGAGUGCGCCACCGGCAAAUCCCACUUCCCGUCCUCACAUGCGGUGCUCCCUCUCACGGUCAAGCAAUGCCAGCUGACGGGCCCCAUCACUGGAGGGCGUUUUGCACUUUUCUUCGAGCUGCGGACGCCCUGCGCACGCAUCGGCGACGGCGUCGUUCGGUCUCUCUGCGGGGCUCUUCUCGGCUUCGCCGUCAGCCGCAACAGCGUCUUCGCCAGCCUCGCGUCUGCAACUGCGACGUCGCUAACUCUCGUGGCUCUUGUAGCGUUUGUGUGGACGCUCUACAUCUACUUCGACCGGCCGUUUCACCGCUUGGAGGAGAACGCCUGCUUCCCCGUGCUGUUUGCGAUCCUUGGACUGACGGCCGCGAUGACGGCGAGCCCUCUGUGGCUCCGCGCGUCUUUCCUGCCUUGCCUUCUCGAAUACAUCUCAGCGGCGGCUCUUCUGGGACUCGCGCUCUUCACUGCGUUCCUCGCCGUCUGCCUUCUCCUGGGCAUCUUCUGGCCUGCGAUGCAGGACAUCCGGUUCCUACCGCGCCUCUGUAAUUCGUCUCUCCUUCUCACGGACCGGGCGCGGCAUUUCCUCGUCUCCGCGCCGGCCUACAACCGGUUUGGCGCCCGCAAUGUCGUGCUGGAAUGCGUUGCCGGCGCUGGGAGGGGGGCGUCGGGUCUCGUGCGCCACGUGCCACCCGCGCCAGAUGGGUACGCUCAGAUGGAGCUUUCUGUCGACGAAUUUGGUGCAGUGUGCUCCACGGGCGAGUGGACGCGGCCGCGCGCAUGCAUCUGCCUAGACAGUUCCGGAGCUGUGCUUGGGUUCAGGAGCCUGACGCUAUACGAGAGAGACGACGCCAGGGAAGUAGUCGGGCGCUUUAUCAAUGACGAACCAGGCCUGGCUGAAGCAUAUCCUGAGCUCUUUCCCAUUCUGGUAGAAGAAAUCGAGAGUGAGAAAAACGGCGGCGAAGUAGUCACCAUCUUGGUUCGCCGGCCGGGCUGCGGCGGGAGCGGAAAGUCUCGACGCAGCGGGUCGGCGACCGACAAUGCCAACUGGAUAGAUCGCGAGGCCUGGGAUUCCGCCUGGGUUAGCACGCCGCCGCAGAUCCAGCUCCCUGGUGCACAGCCACUCCUAAGGAAAAGGGAGACUGAAUUAGUUCCUCGAAAUACUCAACAGCUUUGUCCGAACCCACUUAGCAACCGUGUUCGCCGCGCCAUGUGCUAG